UUAGUUAUUACAUUAUUUUCUUUCACCACAAGCAACUCUUAGAACAAAACCUUUCUUCAUUCUCAAGCAAUUAAACAAAACUAGUUACAGCCGGAGUGUUUUCAUAUCCGGCCGUACCAAUCCUAAAAUGGCUUCAACAACAACAAUACCAGAUCCUGAUGUCUUCCCUACGGUCACCAUGCCCAUCACAGUAAUCUUAACCGGCAGUCUUCUCUUUAUAAUUAUCGCCGGAUUCUUCGUCCUCUUCUUCUGGAGAUGUCUUCUGAACCGUUUGUCCUCAGCUUGGACCCUUCAGAGAACACCCUACGGUGACCUAAUCCACGUCACCACUCCCCCUGAAAACACAGGCCUCGACUCAUUUAUCAUCAAGUCCUUUCCCGUAAUCCUCUAUUCAUCCGCAACAAUGAGAAACCAAUGUACAGAAUGUGCUAUCUGCUUGGCAGAGUUUUCAGAUGAAGACACCGUUAGGCUAAUAACAGUGUGUCGUCAUGGAUUUCAUUCAACUUGCAUUGAUUCUUGGUUUGAGUCACACAAGACUUGCCCUGUCUGCCGGUGUGAGUUAGACCCCGGAGUGGUUGGUUCUGGAAGCCAUGAGUCUUUGCACAACACGGUUACAAUUACUAUUCAAGACUUAAACUAUGAAGAAGUGAAUCCUCCUUCCACUAGUUCAAGCAAAAGGUUCCCUGAAGCCGCCUCGGCUUGGCCAUUCUCUAGGUCACAUUCUACAGGUCGUUUUAUGGUUAAGGCCAAAAGAGAACAUUACCAAUUCAAAGAAAAUUAUCCUACCACUAGUUCAAGCAAAAGGCUUAUGGAAGCAUCGGCUUGGCGAUUUUCGAGGUCACAUUCUACUGGACAUUUCAUGGUUAAGACGAUGGAUAAGACCAAAGGAAAACAUUACCAGACAGGAAGCAGUGUCAUGUUUGAAGAAAACAAUCCUACAACUAGCUCAAGCAAAAGGCUUAUGGAAGCCUCGGCUUGGCGAUUUUCGAGGUCAUAUUCUACAGGACAGUUCAUGGGUAAGACGAGGGAUGUCAAUGUGAAGAUCAAAGGAAGACAUUACCAAACAGGAAGCUGUACCUCGUUUGAUGAACUUACUAGGUAUGAUGAAGCUACAGGAUACGUAUGGCUUGGUGAUUCAUCAUUACAAUUAGCAUUAUUUGAAGUCUAG